AUGCCGCCGUGCGCCUUCCUGCGCGUGGAAGCCGCCGGCCCGUGGGUGCGUCGGCGCUGCGUGGUGGAGUACGACGGGGCCGACUUCUGCGGGUUCCAGGCGCAGUGCCAGCCCGGCGGGGCCAUGCGAACCGUCCAAGAAACCAUCGAGGACGCGCUCUGUCGGACGACGGGCGAGAUGGCGCUGCCGAGACUGCGCUUCGCCUCGCGCACGGACGGGGGCGUGCACGCGGUGGGCCAGGUGAUCGUCUUUGUGAGUCAGUGCUGCGAGUCGGACCGCGUCUUCCGCGACGCGCUCAACACGCGUCUGCCCGACGACGUGAUGUGUCGCAGCAUGACGACCAUGACGGAGGCCGAGGCCGACUUUGACCCAUGCGGGGAUGCCACGCUCAAGCGCUACGAGUACGAGAUUGUUGCUGGCGGCCUGCGGCCGGUGGCGCACCGCCGCAACGUCUGGUACGUGCGCCAGCCGCUGGACGUGGCGAAGAUGCAGGCGGCCGUGGACCAGCUGAUGGCGCCGCCGACGACCAAGGACUUCUCGUCCUUCACCCCUCAGAAGUCUACGGACGGAGACAACAAAGGCAAUGUCUGCACGGUCUCAGCUAUCGAGCUCUACGCGAAGAUGUUGGAAGGUCGAGGCCAGUACCAAGAGGACGUGGCCACGAGGAUACGCCUCGUGUUCGAGGGCGACCGCUUCAGAUACAAAAUGGUGCGGAUCUUGGUGGGCACGAUCGUGGAUGUCGGACUGGGCAGGCUGAGCCCCGACACCAUUCCGCAGAUCCUGGCGGCCAAGAAGCGUGGCAAGGCAGGACAGGGCGCACCGCCUCAAGGACUCACGCUCGUUUGGGUCAAGUACGGCUGA